UAGAGGUCAGUGUGGGGGACCCUAGGUACGGGAAGGGCCUUGUUGGAGGGAGGUCAGAGCAGACUGACCCAGGUCCCCAAACUCUAGUGCCUGGUCCAUUUUGGCAUGGCAAAACCUUCAAUAGGGCAGAGGAAUAGAUGCUGAAAUAGAAAUUCAAGGCCCCAUUUCUGCUGCUCCCAACUGUCCAUGAUGCUAGUGGGAUCUAUCGGGUCAUGAAAGGAGUUUUCUCUUCUAUUUAUGCCUAAUCUCCCCUAACCCCCACACUUGAGCUCAAUCCUCCCUGAGACCUCCCAUCUUCCCAUUUUUCUCUCUAUAGCCCCUGAACCCUUUCCCUGGAACUCACUUGGCCUGGGCCUGAAGCUCUGGGGCCUUGGUCUUCUCCACCAGGUCCUUGCCGUACUCGCUCAUGGUCUGGAGGUACUGAGAAAAUAGGCUCUGCAGAGUUGGCUCCUCCGUCUGUCUCCGAACCAAGGCUCCUGUAUGCGCGCAGGCACACACACACACACACACACACACACACACACACACACACACACACACAUUCUUCUAAGUUGAGUUCACAGCUACCGAGUCCUGGUCUCCUGCCAUACCCUCUGCCAAUACCCAGUCUUAGCUCUCAGCUCCUUCCCCCAAACAGAUGUCCAGCUCUAGGUCUUUGGGUGGGCUUUCUGGGCUUUAGAGAGGGAAUAAUCUUCCCUUUGAGCCUGAAGUUGCCAGACUUGGCCAUAGGAGAACAGACAAACAGGUAGCUAGGACCAUCAGCACCGUCUCCUCUGCAGGCCCCCCUCUCCAUAUCGUACCCACCUUCAAGGCUACAGAUGGUGAGGAGCAGCACGGUCAUUGCAAGCAGCUUCAUGGUGGUAGCGGUAGGGAAGGUGGCCUGGGAACAGGAUGGGAGGCAUUGAAGACCAGUGGUCUUCAACACCUCUCCAGGGAUCUCCUUACCUAGGUCUCCACUCCAACCUGGUUCCUUCCCUUUCCACAGUUAAAACCCCGCCCUCUUUGGAUACUGCCCACACCUCCUGCUAACUUACCCUACCUAGUCAGUGUCUCUGUUCUUGAUGUCUGUGCCUGGCCUGGCCGCAGAGGCAGUGGAUAUAUACCUGUCUGCUUCCCCACCCCCUGUCAGGUGACAGGGAUUAUGGAGGGGCCCAGUGGGGCAGGGGCGAAUGUUGGAGUAAACAAGUUGGAGAAGUGGGGGAGGAGAGAACAAACACACAUGGGGACUCAUGGUGGUGGGGUGAGAGGUAGGGGUGUGGGCCUUAGUGGAGGCCAAGAGGGUGAACUUCAGGCCUAGCUAGCAUUCAUUUUUGGGGGGAGGGGGGUUCUUGGUUAGCACUCCUUGGCUUUGAAUGCAGCAGGAAACAAGAAAGCCUAAACAUAUAAGCCCUCGGCCCUUGGUAUCUUUAUUCCAUCAUGGGUAGAUUUCAUCUCUCCCACCCUAGCCGUCUUCAUUACAACUUGGCAGAUGGGUAUUGGGGAAAGAGGAGAAAGAAAAAGGGAGUUCUAAUUAGGGGUAGAGGUGAGGAGAAUGGGGCUUAGAGGUAUGGGGGCUAGGGUCAGAGGGCAGGUAUGAUUGACUCUGUCCCCUUUCUGAGUUAAUGUGUAAUGAGACAGGGGGAGAAAAUAUGGGAGCUCAGAAUGAUCCUCCUGGGUGCUGAUCAGUGAGCACACCCUACCCCCAAUAAAACAAAUUCAGAAAGCAGCUCCUGUCUGGCUCUGGCAGGAGGAAAAAAAAAAAAAAAAAGUUGAAUGAUAGAUUUCUGCCAGGUUAAAGGUUGAAGGUCCCUGGCUGUUUGAUCACCUUAUCAUUUCUAGGUAGUGGUCAGCCAAUAUUGAGUCAGCAGGGGCAACAGCAUCUCUCUGGCCAAGGCCCUGGCCCUUGUUCCAGUUCUCAUUGUGAGGGAGAGCAGAGGUACACUCCCCAGGCCCAGAGCAUUUGGGCAAAAUCAGCUAAAUAGAUAGAAAAGCAUUCAUAUCUCUCACCCUCUUGCCCCAAAGCCUACUCCUUGAGAGAUGGGGGUGGAGAUGUGGGGGCUAGUGAGGAAGGAAGUGACCAAAGUCCAAGGAAUCUUCUUCCAUUCUCAAUUAUUCUCCUGUGCAGUGCUUAGUGAGAGUCAUCCCGUCGAUUUUCCCCUGGCCCUGGGGUGGAGGCAUUUGGGGACCUGAGUCUGUAUUCCUGGAUUUUAUUUGCUAACUUUGCCUGGGGGUUCAUCAGGGAAAGAACAGUUAACUACCGGGGCAGCUGUUUCAGGGAAUUGUUCUCUUAGAUUUAAGGAUGUAGCUUGCACCCGCUCCUCUCACACCCGUCCUCAUUCCACCAAGAGGGCAAGAUGGCCAACUGAGAGAUCACACCUCCAGGAGGGAUGUGUGUGUCUACAUCUUGGGGAGAGCUGUUUGUGUGAGUAGUACUCAUUUGGAGGUGUACUGUGGAGAGCUGUCUGGAGGACUCUCCAGGGAUUCUCUAUGGGGAAGAGAGGGAGGUAUGAACCAGGGUUCGAAAGAAGUCUUCACAGUCAUUCCCACCACCACCCUUCCCAAGACGCUAGACUCCAGGCUUCUGUUUCAGUUUUCUCAGGGUUCAAGAGGGAGCUUCAGUGGCCCAAGCUAUGUGAUGCUCCCCCUAGUGUAUAGUACAUUCACAGGUUUUGCCCGACCUUGGAGUGGCCGGGCAAUCUAAGGCCUUCUACCAGAGUAAGUCUAAGGAUCCACCAAUCAAGUCUCGCUUGCUGUUGCGGUGCCGGGGUUGGAGCUCUCCAGUUUUGAGGCCUGUCACUCCUUUGCUUCCUCCUCUUCCAUUGGCUCCUGGGAGAACAAGGCGGCUUUUUUACAUCAACUGGGCGGGGCCCAAUCGGGGGGUGGGGGAAGGGGGUAGGUUGGGUCUUUAGUUCUUUUUUUGCCCGGUUCCAAGAUGGCGUUCGCGACCACGUUAAGAAUGCAGUGUGAAGCCUCAAGUCUGCCAUCACUCAAAAUGGCCGCCCCCAUCAAGAUGACCGGGGUGUGCCGGGGGGAAAGGGGCAGCAAGAUGGUCUGAGACGGUAAGGGCUACUGCUCCAUUGCUAGCCUGGCCUGGGGAUCUGGGAAUGAAGAGUAGAAAAACUGGGAAGCUGGGUGAGGUCUGUGGUAGGGGCUAGGAUUAGAGAGUGGAGGAGGGGACGGGGUGACAGGUGGGGGUAAGGGAUCAAAGAUGGGACUGUAGUGUGUAUGGGGUUUAAUCUCUCCAUCGGUGCCCUCUCCUCCUACUAUUCCAGGUCUAGCGUCGGACCAUGUGGAAGUUUCUGGGACUGGGGAGCCUGAUGAUGGGGGGUGGGGCCCUUGGGGGAUAGAGGGAGCAAUAGCGUUCUUUCCCAGGGUAACCCCGGCUCCUCCCCCUCCUCUGAGUUGAAAUGGGGAACACAUUGGGCCUGGCACCCAUAGGGGCUUUGCCUCGCCGAAGCCCCCGCCGAGAGGAGCCUUUGCCCAACCCUGGGAGCUUCGAUGAGCUGCACCGGCUAUGCAAAGAUGUAUUUCCAGCCCAGAUGGAGGGAGUGAAGCUCAUUGUCAACAAGGUUCUAAGCAGCCAUUUCCAGGUGGCUCACACUGUGCAUAUGAGCGCCCUGGGCUUGCCAGGCUAUCACCUCCAUGCGGUCUAUGCAGGGGACUGUCAGCUUAGCCCCACUGAGGUGUUCCCCACUGUGGUAGGGGAUAUGGACAGCAGUGGCAGCCUCAAUGCCCAGGUCCUGCUUCUCUUGGCAGAGCGGCUCCGAGCCAAGGCUGUCUUCCAGACGCAGCAGGCCAAGUUCCUGACUUGGCAGUUUGAUGGCGAGUAUCGGGGGGAUGACUACACAGCCACUCUGACCCUAGGGAAUCCUGACCUGAUUGGAGAAUCGGUGAUCAUGGUCGCUCACUUCCUGCAGAGCCUCACCCAUCGGCUGGUGCUGGGGGGAGAGCUAGUUUACCACCGGCGGCCAGGCGAAGAGGGGGCCAUCUUGACACUGGCCGGGAAGUACAAGGCCGUACAUUGGGAAGCUACAUUGAAUGUGGGGUCAGGCGGGGCCCAUGCAAGUUAUUACCACAGAGCAAAUGAACAGGUUCAGGUUGGAGUGGAAUUUGAGGCAAACACAAGGCUACAGGACACGACCUUCUCCUUUGGUUACCACCUUACUCUGCCCCAGGCCAACAUGGUGUUUAGAGGCUUGGUGGAUAGUAACUGGUGCGUGGGUGCUGUGCUGGAGAAGAAAAUGCCCCCCUUGCCCGUCACCCUAGCCCUUGGAGCCUUCCUCAAUCACUGGCGCAACAGAUUCCAUUGUGGCUUCAGCAUCACUGUGGGCUGAGGUUGUCCCCAAGCCCCCACAGCAGCUGGAACCUCUGAGUCAGGUGCCCUAGGGCCAGAGACUAGGCCCCCUUCCAGAGCCCACCUUGCCGGGUGACCUCUAGAUCCCAGGAGCAGAGUGGGGACAGGACCAUUCCCUCCUCAGAACUGAAGCUGUCACAUGGACAGCUGAUGGGGCAGUGGUUUAGGGCUCCCACCUCUACCACCAGCUCCACUAUCAUCUAUCUCAUGCUCUUAGGGCUUUGGACUAAGAGGGAAAUAUUAAGGGUAUGUCGGGCUGAUUAUUCCCCUUUACUUCAUUUCCCUUUGGAUUAAAGCUGCUAGCCUCUUCCUCUCUGGAGCAGAAAAUUAUGCAUGGGAUUAGCUUCCCAUCCUGUUUUCUAGCCUAGAGUUUCCCAAAGCUGGGAAAGAAGGGCUAAAGGGCUAAAUCUUUGGCCUCAGAAAGCAGGGCCCAUCCAUUCCCAGAAGGAGGUUUACUUCGAAGCCCUGAGGCUACCUCCUUCCCCAUCUCCUGUGCUUUCAGAGAACAACUUUGUCCCCACGGUCACUCCCCACUCCGCUGUGACAGCAUGAAGAGGCAGUUAUUGCUUUAGUCUUUCAUUGUGACCACUUGCCAGUAUUUUCCCCUUCCCAAUCCAGUGUGUCCCAGGUGGGUUGGGGAAAAAGGUGACCCAGGGCCUCAACUACAGAUCUCCUGGAGCAGUGGCAUCAUGGCAAACAGCCCCUGGAUGUGUUGGAUUUGGUACCCAUAUGCGUCGUUAAUGCUCCGGAGUUCAGCCAAUAGGCCCAGCAGCUUCGCAUACAGAAACCUUUGGAAGAAGUGGUGGGGUCGCCAGGUAAAGAGGAGAGUCAUAAAGGCAGCUGGUAGUCUUGUCCUGAGGCCCCGGUCCCUCCGUGGAGCUAGUGACCACUAGAGAAAAUCAUGCUCUGGUAUGACAAAUUAAUCAAAGCUUCCAAAGGUGCCCAAGGAAGCCUCUGUCUGACAUUGUCUUCUGUCACCACGCUCAUUUCCCCCUGAAUCCAGAGCUCUGAGGGCCAAGUGUGAAGAGAGCCCCGGACUUCAGCCCCAGCCCCAGAACUUCAGCUCUGUAGAACCUGAGGGUCUGGCCUUCUAGAGCAGGAUCUAGAAGGUGGGUGUGUUCUAUGGUAUAAAGAGUCCCUCUUCUGGCCAAACUGGCUCAUUGAGGAAUGAACAAGAACAAGAGUGGAGCAAACCUCAGAGCCUGGAUAGAUCAUAGACUGUUGAGCCAGUGACUGGCUUUGGCCAUGAAACUGUGAAUGACUGUAGCUUGAAGGGGAAUGAAAAAUGAAAGGAAUUGGCCCAACAGAGAGGAGGGCUAAGGAAAGAGAGGGAACAAGACUCUUGAAAGGCUGCUUUAAUCUGGAGAAGUUGAUGAAUGUCAUCAAUCUCAGGAAUGCUAUUAUACAGGGCCUGCGAGUUACUACUUUGCAUCUCUACUGAAUAAAAAAAAAAAAAAAACCUGGAAAACGUGAGGUGAAACAGCUUCAGGAACAAUUUGGAUGGCGGAGCUAUGUGAGACGGGGAUGGCCAGAGGGAAGGACUAGACCCCCAAGGGACGUGGUUUCCCAAAGGAAGGGACAGAAAGAGAUUCAUCCUUAGCUUAAUGCUCCCCUAGCUCCUACCCCUGUGUGACCUCCAAGCCCCCAGUCUCCCAUCAUACCGAUUCCGGGGCAUUGGCUGCUGGCCCUUGAUGUAGCUUUGCAGAGUCAGCGCCAUCUCCUCCUGCAGCUGGUCGAUCUCUUCUCUCUGGGUAACCCCGGGUCGGUCUAUGGAAUAGGGAGCCGGGAUGGACAAAAUAGGGGACGGGGUGGGUCUGCACGGUGCCCAAGGGGGCUGAGGCUGGGAUAGACCCACUCUGCAGGUUUAAAGGCUAGAAAGCUGGGGAUGGAUGAAUUCAAGGAGCUGGGAGUUUGGGUAGUGGUCCUGGAGCUUCUAGGCCUUGGGGAUGCUCACCAGGAGAGAAGAGGGCCAUAGCAGCCAUGAGCACAUACUCGGGCUCCUGGAGCUGUAGUCGCCGCAGUGUCCCGUGGAAGCGGAAGAAUGAGUCCAAAAACUCUACCUGGAACCCCACUGUGGGAGAUACUAGGCUUAGUAUCCUCCAAGUCACCUGGCCGCCUACGAUACCAUGAGGACACAUGCCCUCUGCUGCUCCUGGACCAUCUCACCUUGGGCUCCAUCUUCCAUUGUGUAGCGAAGAGGUCCACAGAGGAAAUUUUGUGUUUGGAGACAGAAAGUGGUAUUGAGUGCAAUGUGACAGAUUUCCAAAGCUGCUCCCUUGAGAAGGGAGAUCUGGUCCUCCAUGGGCAGGGACCUUUGGGGAGCAGGAACCAAGGGCACUUGAGAUUCUAGCCUGAACCUCAGGGAGGAGAGGAACUCCCACUCCUGGUUGAGACAUUUACAAACAAAGCUGGGAAUUCAAGGUCUGGUGCUUGGGAAGGCUGAAGGAUGGGUUAUUUUGGUCAAUAACUUUUAGGGGGGUGUAAUUUACCGGAGUAUUUACUUCCUGAAGGUGAUGGGAGGUCACUCACCGGAAGAGUGGCAGAUCCUUGGUGAAUUUGAUGACUUGCUGUACCAUGAAAGUGCUGAUGUCUGCGAAAUGCCUGAGCAGAGGCAGCUCAGGGGCCAGGGUGGGCAAGGGCUGGUGAUGGAUGAACAAGUGAGCUGGAGGCUGCAGAGAUCAGAGCAUGAGGCCUUGGCCCUAGGGCCUCCCUGGCCUUAUCUUGGAAGGAUUCUGGGCUGAGAAGCCUGCCCAGGCUGGGGUUCUGGAGAAGUCCUGUACUCAAAUUGGUGCCUGGCACAUGGCCCUUUUCCCUCUGGCUAGCUUCCUUGGAACCCUUUUUGGUCACACUCCAGCCCCAAUCCUGCAAAUGCUUACUCUGAAUCGCACAAA